UAAACAAAAUCACAGUUUCCCAACCAUGUACCACUACCACACAUAAUCAAUUUUUGGGGGUACAACUGUAAUUUUAUAUCGUCAUCGUCUCCGAUUCUUCUUUUUCCGCAUUUUCUUCAUUCGUUACAUUUUCCUCUCAUUUUCUUAUUGCGAAACCUCCUUUUUUGAAUCAUUUUUAUAUUGUGAUCUGAUUUUACAAAUUACUGAAUUGAAUUAUCAAACUCGGACUGAGUCAAAACAUCCUCAAUCGCAUGAUAGUUAAAUCUAGGGUUUCGAAUUGCUCUUAAUUCAGUAUUAGGAUAAUGUCUAGGGUUUACGAUAACUGGGAUAGGCUGGUGCGUGCCACCUUGAACAGAGAGCAGCUUAGAACAGCUGGUCAAGGAGGUCAUGAGAGAACUCCUAGCGGUAUUGCAGGUGCUGUUCCGCCUUCGCUUGUCCGUACCACUAAUAUUGACGCUAUCUUGCAAGCCGCCGAUGAGAUGCAAGGGGAGGACCCCAACGUCGCUAGAAUUUUAUGUGAGCAGGCAUAUUCCAUGGCACAAAACUUGGACCCAAAUAGUGAUGGUCGUGGUGUUCUCCAAUUCAAGACUGGUUUGAUGUCUGUGAUUAAGCAAAAACUUGCCAAAAGAGAUGGUGCUCAAAUAGAUCGCAGUCAUGAUGUUGAACACCUCUGGGAAUUUUAUCAACGUUACAAGAGACGGCAUAGAGUAGAUGAUAUCCAACGAGAGGAGCAAAAGUGGAGGGAAUCUGGAACUUUUACUACUGCUAAUCUUGGAGAAUUGGAACUAAGAUCUCUAGAGAUGAAAAAGGUAUUUGCUACUUUAAGGGCAUUAGUUGAGGUCAUGGAAGCUCUUAGCAAAGAUGCAGAUCCUCAUGGUGUUGGACGACUUAUUAUGGAGGAGUUACGAAGAAUUAAAAAAGUCGGGGAACUCACACCGUACAACAUUGUCCCUCUGGAAGCACCAUCAUUAACAAAUGCUAUUAGUGUUUUCCCUGAAGUUAGAGGAGCAAUAUCUUCCAUUAAAUAUGCAGAGCAUUUUCCAAGACUUCCUUCUGAUUUUGAGAUUUCUGGAGAACGGGAAGCAGAUAUGUUUGAUCUUCUGGAAUAUGUAUUUGGGUUUCAGAAAGACAACAUAAGGAACCAGCGGGAAAAUGUUAUUCUCUUAAUAUCAAAUGCACAGUCACGUCUUGGCAUACCGGUCCAGCCUGAUCCAAAAAUCGAUGAGAAGGCAGUCAAUGAAGUUUUCUUCAAAGUGCUGGAUAACUACAUCAAAUGGUGCCGAUAUUUGCGUAUUCGUCUUGUAUGGAAUAGCAUUGAAGCAAUUAAUAGGGAUAGGAAGCUCUUUCUGGUCUCACUGUACUUUCUUAUAUGGGGUGAAGCUGCAAAUGUUCGAUUUCUCCCUGAAUGCAUUUGCUAUAUAUUUCACCAUAUGGCAAAGGAGUUGGAUGCAAUAUUGGAUCAUGGGGAAGCUAAUCAUGCUGCCAGUUGCACAGCCGAUAGUGGUUCUGUGUCAUUCCUUGAGCAAAUUAUUUCUCCUAUAUAUGAAACAAUGGCUCAAGAAGCUGCAAGGAACAAUAAUGGGAAGGCUUCACAUUCAGCAUGGAGAAAUUAUGAUGACUUCAAUGAAUAUUUUUGGUCUCCUGCGUGCUUCGAAUUGAGCUGGCCUAUGAAGAAGGACUCUUCUUUUUUGUUUACGCCUAAGAAGCGGAAAAGGACCGGUAAAAGCGCUUUUGUUGAGCACCGUACAUUUCUCCACCUGUAUCGAAGUUUUCACCGACUAUGGAUCUUUUUGGCUUUGAUGUUUCAGGCUUUGACGAUUAUAGCCUUUAAUGAUGGCCGCAUCAAUUUGGAUACCUUUAAAGUAGUACUUAGCACUGGACCUUCAUUUGCCAUCAUGAAUUUUGUAGAAAGUAGUUUGGAUGUCCUGCUUAUGUUUGGGGCUUACAGUACUGCAAGAGGCAUGGCUAUUUCAAGGAUUGUUAUUAGGUUCUUCUGGUGGGGAUUGAGCUCAGGGUUUGUAACAUAUGUCUAUGUGAAGGUUUUGGAUGAAAGAAAUGAUCCGAACUCAAACUCCUUCUAUUUUCGGAUAUAUAUACUUGUGCUGGGUGUUUAUGCUGCCUUGCGCUUAGUUUUUGCGCUGUUACUCAAAUUCCCAGCUUGCCAUACUCUAUCUGAUAUUUCUGAUCAAUCAUUCUUUCAAUUUUUCAAGUGGAUUUAUCAGGAACGAUAUUUUGUUGGCCGUGGUCUGUAUGAGAAAAUGACUGAUUAUUGCAGGUACGUCUUAUUUUGGUUGGUGGUCCUGGGCUGCAAAUUCACAUUCACAUAUUUUCUCCAGAUUAGACCCCUUGUGAAACCCACUAAUACUAUCACUGGACUUCGCUUUGUGGAAUAUUCAUGGCAUGAUUUGAUAUCGAAAAAUAAUAAUCAUUUCUUGACCAUAGCCAGCCUAUGGGCUCCUGUUGUCGCUAUUUAUCUUAUGGACAUUCAUAUUUGGUACACUCUUUUAUCAGCAGUUGUCGGUGGCAUAAUGGGUGCACGGGGUCGUUUAGGCGAGAUACGCUCACUUGAAAUGGUGCAUAAACGUUUUGAGAGCUUUCCAGAGGCAUUUGUGAAAAAUCUUGUCUCUCCUCAUGUGAAAAGGAUGCCAUUCAGCAGACAGGCAUCUCAGGAAUCGGAAGAUACAAAUAAAGAGUAUGCUGCAAUAUUUGCUCCUUUCUGGAAUGAGAUAAUCAAAAGCUUACGCGAGGAAGAUUUCAUUAGUAAUAGGGAGAUGGACCUACUUUCUGUUCCUAGCAAUACAGGAAGUCUAAAAUUAGUUCAGUGGCCUUUGUUUCUUUUGAGUAGUAAGAUCUUGUUAGCGGUUGAUUUGGCUUUGGAUUGCAAGGAUACCCAAGCAGAUCUUUGGAAUAGAAUAUGCAGGGAUGAAUAUAUGGCGUAUGCAGUUCAAGAGUGCUACUACAGUGUUGAGAAAAUUUUACACUCCUUGGUCAAUGGUGAAGGGAGACUCUGGGUUGAAAGGAUCUUUCGUGAGAUAAACAACAGCGUAUUGGAGGGUUCACUUGUUGUAACUUUGUCACUUAAGAAGCUUCCUCUUGUCGUGCAAAGAUUUACUGCCCUAACUGGACUUUUGAUACGUGACCAGCCUGAACUAGCUAAAGGUGCUGCAAAUGCUUUGUAUCAGCUCUAUGAAGUUGUGACUCAUGAUCUUCUGUCAUCUGAUCUAAGAGAGCAGCUUGAUACAUGGAAUAUUUUAGCUAGGGCAAGAAAUGAAGGGAGACUGUUUUCUACAAUAGAAUGGCCAAGGGAUCCAGAAAUUAAAGAGCAGGUGAAACGGUUGCAUCUUCUUCUUACUGUAAAAGACACUGCAUCCAAUAUUCCAAAGAAUCUUGAAGCUAGAAGAAGAUUGCAGUUUUUCACAAAUUCACUAUUCAUGGAUAUGCCUCCAGCGAAACCAGUUUCUGAAAUCAUACCUUUUAGUGUCUUUACCCCAUACUACAGUGAGACCGUACUUUAUAGCUACUCUGAGUUGCGAGAUGAAAAUGAAGAUGGGAUAUCAACUCUUUUUUAUCUUCAGAAAAUUUUCCCUGAUGAAUGGGAAAAUUUUUUGGAACGGAUUGGUAGAGGAGAGUCUUCUGGGGAUGCUGAUUUUCAGAAAAAUUCUAGUGAUACAUUAGAGCUUCGUUUUUGGACAUCCUAUCGUGGACAGACUCUUGCCCGAACAAUUCGUGGUAUGAUGUAUUAUAGAAGGGCUUUGAUGCUGCAGAGUUUUCUGGAAAGGAGAUCAUUAGGAGUGGAUGAUCGUUCUGAAUCAGGCUUCUUCACCACUCAAGGAUUUGAAUUAUCACGUGAGUCAAGGGCACAAGCUGACUUGAAGUUCACUUAUGUUGUGUCAUGCCAAAUUUAUGGGCAACAAAAGCAUCGGAAAGAUAAAGAGGCUGCUGAUAUUGCUCUUUUGUUGCAACGAAAUGAAGCGCUUCGAGUUGCUUACAUACAUGUGGAGGAGAUUGGUGCUGCUGAUGGAAAGAUUUCUAAGGAGUUUUACUCCAAGCUUGUUAAAGCUGAUAUACAUGGAAAAGAUCAGGAAAUUUAUUCAAUCAAACUUCCUGGAGACCCGAAGCUUGGAGAAGGGAAGCCUGAGAAUCAAAACCAUUCUAUCAUUUUUACACGUGGAGAAGCGAUUCAAACUAUUGACAUGAAUCAGGACAACUAUCUUGAAGAGGCAAUGAAAAUGAGAAAUCUUCUUGAGGAAUUUCAUGCAAAACAUGGGAUACGACCUCCCACCAUUCUCGGUGUGAGAGAGCAUGUAUUUACAGGAAGUGUCUCUUCUUUAGCCUGGUUCAUGUCCAAUCAAGAGACGAGUUUUGUAACCUUAGGUCAACGCGUCUUGGCAAGUCCUCUCAAAGUUCGAAUGCACUAUGGCCAUCCAGAUGUUUUUGAUCGAAUAUUUCAUAUAACCCGUGGUGGGAUUAGCAAGGCGUCUCGUAUUAUUAACAUUAGUGAAGAUAUAUUUGCAGGGUUCAACUCCACUUUAAGACACGGGAAUAUCACUCACCAUGAAUACAUUCAGGUUGGAAAGGGAAGAGAUGUUGGAUUGAACCAGAUCGCUCUUUUUGAAGGGAAAGUGGCUGGAGGAAAUGGAGAGCAAGUCCUAAGCAGGGAUGUAUAUAGGAUUGGACAACUUUUUGACUUCUUCAGAAUGCUCUCUUUCUACUUCACAACUGUUGGGUUUUACGUAUGCACAAUGAUGACUGUCCUCACAGUUUACAUUUUUCUAUACGGGAGGAUUUACCUGGCUUUCUCCGGACUUGAUAGUGCAAUUGCAAUCCAAGCAAAAUUGUCGGGUAAUACAGCUUUGGAUGCUGUUUUGAACACACAAUUCUUGGUCCAGAUUGGAGUUUUUACUGCGGUCCCGAUGGUAAUGGGUUUUAUCCUUGAAAUGGGAUUGCUUAAGGCUGUUUUUAGCUUUAUCACAAUGCAAUUUCAGUUGUGUUCCGUGUUCUUUACAUUUUCUUUGGGAACUAGGACUCAUUACUUUGGGCGCACUAUCCUCCAUGGUGGUGCAAAGUACAGAGCAACUGGUAGGGGAUUUGUGGUCCGUCACAUCAAAUUUGCUGAUAAUUACAGACUUUACUCUAGAAGUCAUUUUGUUAAAGCGCUUGAAGUAGCACUGCUUCUCAUAGUUUACAUUGCCUAUGGGUACACAGAUGGCGGUGCCGUGUCUUUUGUUUUAUUGACACUUAGCAGCUGGUUCCUUGUCAUCUCAUGGCUUUUUGCUCCAUACAUAUUCAAUCCCUCAGGAUUUGAAUGGCAGAAGACGGUCGAAGAUUUUGAUGAUUGGACCUGCUGGCUUCUGUAUAAAGGUGGGGUUGGUAUAAAAGGAGAUGAUAGCUGGGAAUCGUGGUGGAACGAAGAGCAGAUGCAUAUCCAAACUUUGAGAGGUCGCAUAUUGGAAACUAUAUUAAGCCUGCGAUUCUUCGUGUUUCAGUAUGGCGUUGUUUACAAACUCAAUCUCACAGGAAAGGACACAUCUCUCGCGAUUUAUGGCUUUUCCUGGAUUGUAUUGAUUGCUAUCGUCAUGAUUUUUAAGAUAUUUACCUACAGCCCUAAGAAAUCGACCAACUUGCAGCUGUUCAUACGAUUCGUGCAAGGAGUCUCGUCCAUAGCACUAGUUGCUGCACUUUGUCUUGUUGUUGCUUUCACUGAUCUGUCAAUCACAGAUCUAUUUGCUAGCAUCCUGGCAUUUAUCCCUACGGGAUGGGCCAUAAUAUGCUUAGCAAUCACUUGGAAGAAGGUUGUUUGGAGUUUAGGUUUGUGGGAUUCAGUGCGGGAAUUUGCGAGAAUGUAUGACGCCGGGAUGGGUAUGAUUAUUUUUGCCCCAAUAGCUUUCUUGUCAUGGUUCCCGUUCAUCUCUACGUUUCAGUCUCGCCUUCUAUUUAACCAAGCAUUCAGCCGUGGGCUGGAGAUCUCUCUUAUCCUUGCGGGAAACAAAGCUAAUGUUGACGUCUGAUCAUUACCUCUUAGCUUCUGUAUACCAUUAAUUGAUUUUGGCUGAAACGUAGUAGUUGUGUGUGCGUUCUCAUUAUUAUUUUUGAUAGGAUAACUUAGCUGUAUAGAUUGUACGAAGCAUAAAUGUAGUUGUACAUUAGAAGUUCAUUUAGUAUGGCAAGGCCAGCUUAUGUAUUGUAUUAUUUUGUUUACCUGAGAUUUAUGAUAGCGAUGAGUUGGGUGGCUCUGUUGAAGUA